AUGACACCACGAAACAAUAGGAGAAAACGCGGUUCCAAGUUAAUACUUGUAUCAGAAGACCCUCCAUCACCUAUUAUUUUCCUUCAACGAAAUAUCAGGGCUGAUACGCGACUUACGGUCUUCAAACAAGAAUUUCAUCUCCAUUCUUCAGGUCGUAAAUACCACUCCAACUACUUUCGCAAGUUUCUUGAUUCGGUUGACAAACAGCCCGCACCUGCUAAUGCAACAUUCAAGUAUGACUAUCGUUCGGUCAUCGAUGAAGAUGGGAGCUGGGCUCUGAUGCCGGCUGUAGAAGAAGUAACAGACGAAUUGUUAGCUCUUGUAGAUCAGCCCGAGGAAGAAAUUGAGUGUUUUAGAAAACUUCUUUGCGCCAUACAUACAAAAAGUUACACAAUUCAGGAUACAGAUCAGCUCAGUAGGCUCACGCGCUUGGCGGAUUACUAUUGCGCACUACCGGUGGUUUCAGGAACCUUGACUGGAGCUUUGUUGAGAAGUCCAAUGUUUACUAUCCUCAAAAGUGGAAAGAAAGACGCAGGCUGCGAGUGCCAAAAAGAGGCUAGAACUUUGCUAGUACUCACUCGAAAACUUCGUCACCAGCUACUUUUCAAAGAAUGUCUAAUUCACACCGUCACGAGCUGGGACAACGACACCACUCCUCCUGAAGACCCCAUUAAGCAAGACAAAGAACUCCAUAACUUAGUUAUGUUGAAGCUCGGUGCGCUGUACGCGUCUAUUGCGAAAGCUCAACAAGGUAUACUUGCAGCCGCUUUCAGAGACUGUGACGUAACAUGUGGACUCUCCAUUGGCGAUGCGGAUUUUGAUCUUAACGAUGUAACCCAUAGUGUUCGAUUCUUCAGGAAAUUCAAUUGUACAGUAUCAGAUCCUGAACAUUAUCCUAAUUUCGACGAUGCAAAUACUACAAACACGAUAAUUUCUUUACUCAAAAACAAUCUCACCCUGGAUUGGACCGGUGAUGAACCAGGUGAGGAGGGUAUUUACAAGAGAAGUUUUCUCUGCACAGAUAUAGAGGACGAUGAGUAUCCAUGGGAUCUUGAGGAGAUAGAUUGGUAA